CUGGUCCUGGCCCUGGUUAUAUUUCCAGCUCGGGCGAGUUCUGGUUCCAUUCCCUGUCUGCCUCGACUACCUCUUCUGGGAAGUCUUCCUUGGUUGGGGGGAGGACUCCCUCCACAUCUGCUCUUCACACGGCUGACUCGUAGGUAUGGACCUCUGUUUGCCCUGUACCUGGGACCUCAUCGCACCAUCGUUGUCAACAACCAUCAACACGCGCGAGAAGUUUUACUUCAGAAAGGAAAAGACUUCGCUGGACGGCCAAGCAUGCUGUAAUAUACAUUUAAGCAGCACCAAGCUCCUGCAGGUGACCACCGACCUGUUGACCCGAGGGGGGAAAGACAUUGCGUUUUCCGACUACUCCCCUCUGUGGAAGCAGCACCGCCGCCUGGUGCACAACUCCUUCACGCUGUUCGGAGAAGGAACCAGUCGCCUGCAGGACAUCGUCCUUGCAGAAGUCGACUGCCUGUGUGAGGAGCUGCUGGCCUACAAGGGGCGCAGCGUCGACCCCUAUCCUGCCAUCACCCGGGCCGUCACCAAUGUGGUGUGCACGCUGGUGUUUAACACCACCUACAGGCCUGGAGACGCUGAGCUGCAGCAGGUCAUCGAGUACAACAACGGCAUUGUGCAGACGAUAACCAAGGGUGGACUGGUGGACAUUUUUCCCUGGAUGAAGGUGUUUCCGAACAACUGUCUUAAAAAGCUGAAGGAGUGCAUUGUUGUCAGAGACCGACUGCUCGACCGCAAGCUGAAGGAACACAAGGAGUCGCUGAGCGAAGGUGAGCCGCGGGAUCUCCUCGAUGCUCUGGUCAAGGGUCAGAUGAGCGACAGACGUGGUCAAAGGUCGGCGGCAUCAGAUGAAGAGGGGAUCACAGACGACCACGUGUUGAUGACGGCGGCCGAAGCGUUCGGAGCCGGCGUAGAGACCACGUCCACCACCCUGCUGUGGAUCCUGGCUUACCUGCUGCACCAUCCCGAGGUCCAGGAGCGCGUGCAGAAGGAGCUGGAUGAGAAGGUGGGGAGUGAGCGACAGGUGUGCGUCUCAGACCGAGGCAGGCUUUCGUACCUGGACGCCGUCAUCAACGAGGGCAUGAGGAUCAGACCGGUCAGCCCGGUGUUGAUCCCGCACACAGCCAUGACUGACAGCAGGCAGCAUCGCCGGCCACGUUGUCCAUCGCGGGACUCGUGUUUUGGUCAACCUGUGGUCAAUCCAUCACGACCCCCAACACUGGGACAAACCAGACUUGUUCUCACCAGAGCGUUUCCUGGACGACCGAGGGCAGCGGGUCACGCCCGCUUGCUUUCUGCCCUUUGGUGCCGGCCCUCGGGUUUGUGUCGGGGAGUCCCUCGCCAGAGUGGAGCUUUUCCUCUUCCUGUCUUCGCUGCUCCAGAGAAUGAGCUUCCAGCUGCCACACGGUGACGCCCCACCCAACCUGCAGGGCCGACUCGGGGUGGUCCUGCAGCCUCUGCCCUAUAAAGCCAUCAUCACGCCAAGAGCAGGGUGGGAGUGUCCCGUCAAAUAAAAGACAGGCAUGUCAUCUACACCAGUGUUUUUCAACCUUUUUCUAGCCACGGCAGCUUUGGCUCAUUGAAAAAAUCCUGAGGUUCACCACCAAAGGAACUUGGGCCAAAGUGCACUUCCCUAUUCAUUUGUGAAAAACUGUAGCUACUGACACCUGGUUAUUACCAGGCUAUUUGCAGAAACAAAUUGCAGAAAAUGUAUUUGUUUCAAAUGUGUCCAGAAAGGGGCGGCAAUAUGGCAACAUAUAUCAUGAUUCCUUUAUUUAUUUACUUACUUUAAAUGGCUGUUUUGAUUUUAUCACUUCUCUUUUGCAUGAUUUUAUUGCAGUUUUGAGUUUCCAUUCUUUGCCUGAACUUGCUUCAUAAAAACAAGUCUUUCUCUCUUCUCAUUUUGGAGCACGUUUAUUUUGUUGUGCAUUUAGUUUUUCGCCAACUUUUAAACCACAGAGCAAACUUUGACAGUCGCAUCAACACACUGGAGCUCUACAGUAGAGUGGAGAGAAAGAAUGUCAGUGAAUCCAUGUGAUCUCCUCACCUUGGUUGCUCCUCAACACCUUCUCAUUGUCAUGAUUUAAUGUCAUCAUAAUCAUAAUGUCAAACUGGAUCAUUUUCCCACGUCACACCUGAAACUCUCGGCACCCCCAGUUGAAAAACGCUGGUCUACACCGACUCCACUGGGUGGGGAAAAAAAAACCCUCUAACAGACGUUGGCUUUAUAUGUUUUAUUCCAUUUAUCGUCACACUUUUUAGAACAGGCUGGUUUAGUCGGAUCACACAUACACACACUCACUACUCAUAAUAAUGUUAUAUUACUCAUAAUAAACAUUAUUGUCUUAAUAUAAAGCUUUUCUAGUGUCAGAACGACAAGACCCUCGUACAAACAGGAGUGACAGAAGCCAAAGAAUGACAUUCAUUUCAUUGCAAUGGUGAAAAAAAAGAAUGCUGAAAACAUGAACAUGUGUUUGUGUACCAGCAGUUAUACUCUGCCACAUUUCAGGUGGUGAAGAUCACAGCCUUCACACAGCCAGUAAUCUGU